UUGUCUUAGCAAGUUCACUUCUUUUUCCGUCCAUGUAAUUUUCAAUGUGGUGACGUAAUCCAUCUAAGAAGUUCGAAUCGCGUGGCUGCCUUGGCUGCGUUCUAAGACUGAUGACGCUAGUGUACACGUCAUUUAGAACGCGAGCGCUCACUACCCAUUUCGAGUAUUCCACGGGUUAGUUACGGAUCGCGCUUCUCUUCUGGUGAAAUCAUGUCUGUCAGUGAACCUUCCCGCGCUCAGAUGGCAUCGGAAGUGCCUGAGAUUCUGGUAGAUCCCAAGACAUUAAGGUCCUACAGCAGGGAUGAGCUUUUGGGACAGGGCGCUUCUGGCAAAUGCUAUAAGAUGACCGAUCUUGAAACUGGCGACACCUAUGCUGUUAAGGUCAUACGGCUAUAUUCCUGGGGAGUGGAGGAGGUCUGUGAAGAAGUACAGAUUUUAAAAACACUGCGCCACAAGAAUGUGGUGGGCUUCUCCCACUCUUUCGAAGAUGAUAAAUUCCUGUACAUUUUCAUGGAGUUGUGCAGUGGGCAGACACUCGGUGACAUUUUAAAAGCUCGGGGGACUCUGACUGAGCCCGAAGUGCGCUACUAUGUUCACCAGCUGAUUUCGGGGUUGACAUACAUCCACCGGCAAGGUUACGUCCACAGGGACAUCAAGUUGGAAAACUUAUUUGUCAGUGACCAAAUGAAGCUGAAAAUUGGGGAUUUUGGACUGGCGGUCAAGCUGGAGCCGAGGGACAAAGAAGUCUGUGGUACUCCCGUCUAUAUGGCUCCAGAAGUAUGGAAGCGAGAGGGAUAUGGAACCGAAGCAGAAGUCUGGGCACUGGGCUGUGUCAUGUACCAGCUUCUGAUUGGGGAAAUCCCAUUUGAUCACGACGAUCGCUCUGAAAUGUUGAAGAACAUAAAAGAAGCAAAAUUUAUUCUACCUAAGAACCUUCAUUCUGAAGCUGGAAAACUAAUAGAAAAAAUAUUUCAAAUCGACCCACGAGAUCGCCCGUCACUAUCACAUAUCCGUCGCCACAAGUUCUUCAGAAAGGGCUUCACUCCAAAGACACUGCCAGCUAGUAGCUGCAAUACACCACCACAGCAUAAAGCAGUCAACCCAUUCAGAAAGAUUUUCAACCGUUUCAUGCGCCUGAUACGAAAAAAGCGAUCCAGAGUUGAGCCUUUACGGGAGGAUGCCGAGCAGAGUGGACUUGAGAUCCCCCAGCCUGUGGAGUCACUCCGUGUUCUAGAGGAUGUCAACAGACCAAUGAAUGAAAAAAUUGACCUGGUCCAGUUGGUCAAAGUGGUUGAGGGACCUGUAGGCAGGCUGUACUCAGCAAGUGCAGUGACGCCCCACACCUCAGUGCCUCCCCCAGCUCCCUGUACACUCCUGUUUCAAUAAAGUUCUUUUGUGUUUCAAGCA